AUAGAUGGGAAGCUUACAUUAGGAGAAAAUAUCGCUGAUAACGGUGGCAUUAGACAAUCAUUCCGGGCAUAUAGAAAGUAUAUCGAACAAAUCGGUCAUCCGGAGCCUCGGUUGCCAGGCAUGUCAAAUUUCACCGACGAUCAAAUAUUUUUUAUUCGUUUUGCCCAGGUUUGGUGCAGUCAUAUGACGAAAGAAGCCGCAAAAAUUGUACUACCUUCUAGUGAACACAGUCCGAAUAUGUAUCGCGUCAACGGUCCACUUUCAAAUUUACCUGAAUUUAGCAAAGCUUUUAAUUGUCCACUCGGAAGUUCUUUAAAUCCUCAAAAGCGUUGUUCUAUUUGGUAG